AUGGGAAAUAUCGGGGCGCGACAUUCCGGUGUGUCUGUGUUCGGAGCAUUCCUUCGCUCAGAGUUUAGUGAGGAGAAUCUACAGUUCUAUCUGGCCUGUGAGCAGUACAGAAACUCCUCCAACAACUUCAGCCUGCACAGACGGGCCAAGGAGAUCACGGUCACCUAUAUCGAGGCGGGGGCACCGCGAGAGGUGAACUUGGACAGUAAGACCAGAGAUCUAACCACACAGCUCCUACAGGCCCCAUCACACACCUCCCUGUCCCACGCCCAGAAACGCAUCUACUCCCUCCUGGAUACAGACUGCUACCCUCGCUUCCUCCAGUCCACCAUCUACCUCACCUUGCUGGGCCAGGCUGACUAGAGACUAAGGGCUCCAGUCAAUCCAUAUCGCCGAAGUUCAGCACUAUAAUUUGACAUUUUUAAUGGCAAUGUUCCCUCGUUCGCUGAGACUGCAUUUCACGUUAAACGCUAUUUUGUCUCAAUCUCUGAACUUCCACAAUACAAAAUGAAUGGAGACCUAA